UUGAGUUGUCAAUUUAUGGCAUCCAUCAAAAUCACAUUAUCCUUACUUCUAUUUCUUGCCACUUUCACAUAUGCUACGGCAAAAUUAGGGCAUCACAAGGAGAUCGAAAUGACGAUCUACUACCAUGACUAUGCCGGCGGCCCAAAUGCCACCACGAUCGAGAUACCAGGCCCAUCGACCGGACAACUAAACUUCACCAAGUUUGGAGCCAUGUUUUGCACAGAUGACCCAAUAUACAAGGGAAUUAAGAAGGACUCGGUCCCAAUUGCAAGGGGCCGGGGUAUAUACAUCAUAUCAGCCUUAGAUGGGACCCAAGCUCAGAUGCUAAUGUCGGUUGUGUUUAUCAACGGAAAAUAUAAAGGUAGCACAAUUGAAAUACAAGGUUCCUACGAGCAAUCACUUGUGCAUGCAUCAGAGGCGGCAAUAGUGGGCGGCACAGGAAAAUUCCGGCUUGCCCGUGGUUACGCCACUUUCGAGAUUGUUUCCUAUGAUCCUGUGACCGGGUUUUCAAUUACCCGGUCUAAUAUGACUGUGAUACAUUACUAAGCUCUAGUGCUACAAUUGAUAUUGAAUAAAUUAUCUGUUGCUUUCAAUUUAAAUGUACUUGAUGUAUAGACCCUACGAGUGCUAACUUUGUUCGUUUGGGAUGUCUAUACAUAUUGAUGCACGUUUAUAUUUUUGUUAUUUUUUGAAUAAUAUCUUUUUCUUUUAUCCUAA